AUGGAGCACUCAGAGCCCGUCCCGCAGCCCUCGAGCUCCCAUGACGCCUCGCUCGAGGACGCGAGCAUGCACACCGUUACUGCUUCAUCUGUCAACGCUCUCCCCCAUAUCCACAACCACAACAUCUCCGACUCUGCCGAUUCCACUCGUCGCCCUCAAACCUCCUACUCCGACACUGGCUUCGCUUCUCACUACCAAUCUCAAGACAACACCCUCGACCCGCAACAACAGCACGAAGACCAAAUGCCACAGUACCCCUCGAGACCGAGCUCUCGUUUGAACCGUCAAAACAGCGACUACAGCGACCAGAAUGCCCAGCGGCAGCAGGCCCAGAAGAAUGCUAGCGUCGUCAUCAAGGUUGGAAUGGUCGGCGAUGCGCAGAUCGGCAAGACCUCUUUGAUGGUCAAGUACGUCGAGGGCAGCUGGGACGAAGACUACAUUCAAACUCUGGGUGUUAAUUUCAUGGAAAAGACGAUUAGCAUCCGCAACACAGAAAUCACCUUCUCAAUCUGGGACUUGGGCGGUCAGCGCGAAUUCGUCAACAUGCUGCCCCUUGUCUGCAACGACGCCGUCGCAAUCCUCUUCAUGUUCGACUUGACCCGCAAGAGCACACUCAACUCCAUCAAAGAAUGGUACCGUCAAGGCAGGGGCUUCAACAAGACCGCAAUUCCAUUCCUGAUUGGCACAAAAUACGACCAUUUUGUCAACUUUCCAAAAGAGGAGCAAGAAGAGAUUAGCAUGCAGGCUAAGCGCUUUGCCAAAGCCAUGAAGGCCAGUCUUAUCUUCAGCAGUACCAGUCACAGCAUCAACGUUCAAAAGAUCUUCAAGAUCGUGCUAUCAAAAGCCUUCGACCUUCGCUGUACAAUUCCCGAGAUCGAGCAUGUAGGCGAGCCUCUGCUCCUCUAUCAACACGUGGGCUAG